AUCAAUAUUCUGUAGGUAACAGAUUGCAACAGUCGUCGCUGUUAAUCCUUUGCAUAUCGUAAGACACUUUGGAUUGCGUUCGGGAGAUUAUAGAGAAAACAAACAUGGCGCGAAUAUGAAACUAGAAUGGUUUGUGCUUCACCACAUACAGCCUAUACAUACUACAGCGCGCAAUCAUGGGGGACAUGAACAACUGCCAUCGCAUGUUCCUGCAGAAAUUUAUGUCACAGAGCCUGCUAAAUGCUAAGGAAGUGAAACAGCUUUUCAAACAAUGUUGUGACAAAUACUCAGUUAGCAUCUCUGAAGAUGACCCUGAUGCCAAGAAGCGUCUGUUUGAGUUUGUGAGGAUCAUCAAUGCCAAUAUACACCCAUUCCACAUGGAGAUCAAGAAAGCCAUUAGUGAAGACGACGGGUCCAACCACUAUGGACUGGUAAACAUCAGCAGAACAGACAUCACCAAGAUGGCCUCAGACUACAACCAAAAUGAGCUGGAGUUCUUCAAAAAGCUAGUAGAGCUGGUUGUUGAGUCUGAUGAUGGAACUGUUGGCUCCAUCGAGACUCUGAACCUAACGGAGAAGCUGGAGAAGAAGAUCUCAAAGAAUGAUGCUCAGGACCUGCUAGACCGCAUGAGUCGGGACCAGUGGAUAGCUCAGAAGGCUGGCCGAGUCUCGCUUCACACACGGGCUGUCCUAGAGCUGGAGCAGUACAUCAAGGAAUACUUCGUGGAGGCUGUCAAGAUGUGCAACAUGUGCAAUAAACUCUGUCUCAAGGGCCAGACAUGUGAGGAGUGUGGCAUCAAGAUACACUUCCACUGUGCUGUCCGCUACUUCAGUCACCGAGAAGCUCAGAAGUGUCCGUCGCGGGAGUGUGGUGCAGCCUGGACCCACGACAUCCCCAAGAGAGACAUGAACAGUACUCAAGCCACACAAGAGGACCAGGCAGCUUCAUCUCAUGUGCGGAAGAGGAAGCACCACACCUAGGACACCAUCAUUCUGUGGUGGACAUGAACCAUGCCAGUGUCAGACUUGCCCAUACCUACUGGAGACGAUGGACUUGUCCUCUCACUGCGGAGACAUUAUGCUUGUUUGUUGUUUAACGAUGCACUCAGCCAUAUUACAGCGAUCUGGACCAGACAAUCCAGUGAUCGACAUGCGCUGUGCAUUUGGGAUACGCGAUCAGGAUACGAUGGAAUGCAUCCACCAAGUCAGCGAGCCUGACCGCCUCUUACGACAAGCAUUGGUUGCUCAUACUAAAUGUCGAUUUAAUUCAGAUAACAACUUGUAUCAAGAAGCGUAAGUCAUGUUAAGGUUACAUAUGACAAUUGUUGAUUAUAUCAUGUUGUGUGGAUGAGUGUAAUCAGGGAUAUAUCAAGACCUGGUCAAAGUAGACCGAAGUUCAUGGAUAACAACUACAACAACUUUUAUUACUGUAAUAGUGAUGUUUCUGUAUAGAUCCUUACACCAUUGUCAAGCAAGGCUGAAUACUGAACGUGGUAUAGAAUUAUAUAUGAUAGGUGAAGGAUUAUCAUACAUGAGAGGGAUUAACAUGAGUAGGUAACUAAGGUUGAAUAAUAACAAUCAUUUGGCUGAUGCUCAUGACAUCAAUCCCUGGAUUGUCUGGUCUAGACUUGAUUAUUUACAUACCGCCGUCAUAUAGCUGGAAUAUUGCUGAGUGAGGUGUUAAGCAACAAACAAAUGUUAUGAGUAGUCUUGUUCUGCUGACCAUCUUCAUCACCCUGUUGUCCGUCACCACGAAGCUGAGUUGACCAUUGUCUAUGUCCACUGUGUGAAAGAAACAAUUCGAGAGAAAUAAAUAUAAUUUCUGUUAUGAGAAGAGAGGAAAUUUAUGUAACAUAUUCAUUUAAUAAAAUGUUAUCUGUCA